AUGUCGGCGGCCCAGGUUGGGCGACUCAAGGACGAGGGCACAAGACAACAAGUAGUAGUGGCUGGAGCUGUUGCCGGACUCGUGUCCAGGUUUUGCAUCGCUCCACUGGAUGUGGUAAAGAUCAGACUACAACUUCAACCCCAUUCACUCUCGGAUCCCCUGUCCUGUGAUGGCAUCAAAGGUCCCAUUUACAAAGGAGCAUUUCGGACUCUGACCACCAUCGCGCGGCAAGAGGGCAUCCGAGCACUAUGGAAGGGCAACAUCCCUGCCGAGUUGAUGUAUGUCUGCUACGGAGGUAUCCAGUUUACAGCUUACCGUACUGUCACCCAAGCUCAAGCCUUGCUCCCUUAUCGGACACCUCCCUCUGUUGAGUCUUUCAUUAGUGGUGCUUGCGCGGGGGCUGCCGCGACCUCAGUGACAUACCCACUUGAUCUUUUGCGCACGAGAUUUGCCGCACAAGGCCCUGAGCGCGUGUAUUUGGGUCUACUUCACUCAGUCAAAGACAUUACUAGGCAUGAAGGACCGAAGGGAUUCUUCAGAGGCCUGAGUGCAGCAAUCGGCCAGAUUGUGCCGUACAUGGGCCUCUUUUUCACCAGUUACGAAAUCCUACAUCAGUAUAUCGGCGGCAAGACAUUACCAUUUGGCUCAGGAGACGCCACCGCUGGAGUCUUCGCGAGCGUCCUCGCGAAAACAGCAGUUUUCCCGCUCGAUCUUGUCCGAAAGAGAUUACAGGUGCAAGGACCGACACGGACUAGGUAUAUCCAUACCAACAUUCCAGAGUACAGAGGUGUUUUCCGUGGUCUCGCUAUGAUCUGGAGAAGAGAGGGUAUUCGCGGUUGGUAUAGGGGCCUGACCGUUAGCUUAAUCAAGGCGGCACCUGCUUCAGCCAUCACCAUGUGGACGUACGAGAGAGUGCUCGGCUCACUGAUCACUUCAGGCACAAAUGAUGAGAUGUGGGAGAUUUAUACCGGCUAUGAUGAUGAUGAUGAUGAUGAUGAUGACUGA